AUGAAAUGUUCACAAAUCAACGCGAAAUUCGCAACGUUCAUCGGCUUGCGGAAAGAAGAAAGGUGUGGAGCUUUGGCUCUUUGGUUCGCCUUUCCAUCAUCGCAUCUACCCGGACAACAUAUAUACCCUAGGCGAACGGUCAACGAGCCCAACCUACCGCAGCCAACACAGUCGAGCAAGUCCGAGUAUCGCAAGUCCUCCGAUCAUCACGAAACGGAACGUCGGCGACCUCAUUGUGCUGUUGUAGAUCUCGACCGAGCAUUCGAAUUCAGGUUCAGAAGGUAUCCUCGAUCUGCAGAACUGCCCAGGCGAUCUGUGUGCCCAUCCCAUAAUCGAACGUUCACAAUGUCGAGCUUCCAACCAGUGAACCCAAAACCUUUCCUCCAACUUCAGACGGGCAAGCCGGUGCUGGUGCGCCUCAAGUGGGGGAUGGAGUAUAAAGGGUUCCUCGUCAGCACAGACAGCUACAUGAACUUGCAACUGGCCAACACGGAAGAGUUUCAAGAUGGCAAGUCCAACGGAAUGCUGGGAGAGGUAUUCAUCCGAUGCAACAACGUCUUGUAUCUUCGAGAGUUGCCCGACGAAUCGUCGUAA